AUGGAAGACACACAUAGCGGAAAAACAUUCAGAAUAGCAAUAGAUGGGCCGGCGGGUGCAGGAAAAACAACUCUUGCGUCGCUGCUGGCAAAAACACUGGGGUUUGAGCACGUAAACACCGGGAUGAUCUAUAGAGCGCUGUCUUAUACACUAUUGAGCCGAUUUAAAGAUGCCUCCAUAGAGGAGCUGGAGGCUGCCAUAAAGUCGGAGGACGCUUCCGUCCAGAGAAAAAUUGAUGAGUUUUCUCCCAUGAUAACGAAUGAUCAGGUUGUGAUAGAUGGGGAAAACAUAAUAGGCAGCUUGCGGACUCCGCGGAUAGAUUCUGUUGUUGGAAUCAUAUCAAAGUACAGGAUUGUCCGGGAGAGAGUGAAAACCAUACAAAAGAGCCUUAUAGAAAUGCACUCGAAGGUUGUGGUUGAGGGCAGAGACAUUGGGUCCGCCAUCAUACCCGACGCCGAGCUGAAAAUAUACCUAGAGGCAUCCGUAGAGGCCAGGGCCAUUCGGCGAAACAGGGAGAUCCAGAGAAAAGAGGACAUCCUGCCGCGCGCGGGCCAGUUAGAGGAAAUCAGAAGGGAAAUAAAACAGAGAGACUACCUAGACACAACCAGGGAGAUAUCGCCUCUGGUAAAACCGGAGGGCGCCAUGGUAAUAGACAACACUGCGCUAACCGUAGAGGAAACAGUAAAGAAGAUCCAGAGGGAGGUUGAAGCCAGAAGAGGAAUGGAAUAA